GCCCGUCCCCUCGUCACCCGUCCACACCUGUUUCUGUCGGCUUCUCAAUCAUUCGCAAUGUGGUACCCCAAGCUCGCCGCCUCGUUCCUGAUUUCCCUGCUGGCCUCCAAUGCCGUCGCGCAGCUCGACGUCGAGGAGGUAGAGGACCCUAGCACCUCACCCAACUACGACGUCUCCAUCACCGCCAGCUUCCCCAACUCGGAGAUCUUUGGCGUCAAGCUCGUCAACGGCCACCCCACCGAUGUCGUCUUCGAUGUGCGCAACGGCGAGGACACGCCUGUCACCGUCCAGCUCAUUGGCGGCUCGCUCAUCUCCACUCAAACCGACAAGAUUGUACGCAACCUGACCGCCGCCCGCUACCAUGUUCGCAUUCCUGGUGGCACCAACGAGACCUUGACCUACAACUUUGCGACCGAGAUGCACCCCCAGGACAUUAGGCUCAACCUCGCCGCCGUCCUCCGUGAUCACAGGGACAAGUUCUUCACCGUUCAGGCUUACAACGAGACCGUUUCUGUUGUUGAGGCGCCCACCAGCAUCUUCGACCCUCAGAUCAUCUUCCUCUACCUUGUUCUCGCCGGCGUUUUCGCAGGAACCUGCUACUUCAUCUACUCCACUUGGAUCACCACUCUCUUCCCUCAGAAGCGCGGUCGCGGCAAGGGUGGCGAGCGUGCCAAGGCCUCCUCUGGAGGCUCCAAGAAGGUCGAUCCCGCCGAUCAGGUCGCUGUUGUGGGAGCUGAUGGCCCGGCUGUCACUUCUGGCGCAAAGGCUUAUGACGAGAGCUGGAUCCCCGCCGGCCACCUUCAGCGCCCUGAGGCUAGGCGCGUUAAGAGCGGCACUCCCAAGACCAAGGCGCGUGCUUAGGCAACACCACUUUUGGGUGUACACGAGUAUGACGCGGAAUAAGAGGAUGCUCAGUUUGACCGACAAUGAAUUUGUCCGGUGCGGCGUCGACACGUUGGUUAUGGGUUUCCGCGGAGGGUGUUGGAAAUGACGGUCCCCGCGUGGACGGGACGAUGCACCGGUGAUCUAUCGUGGCUUUCGCUUAAGAGGACGCCGAGUUUGACGGCGAGACAGCGCGACUGCAGCCGCUGCCGGCAGUGCUGAUGGUGGUGGUCGCGCUGCUGUUGCCGUUGGGCAGAGCCAAUCUGUUCGAUUGUCACGACGGCGCGUGCUACGGCGUACGACUACUUACUACAUAACUACUACAAUAUGUAACGAAAAAAGCCUGUCUGUCCGAAUUUCACAAUUGCAAUUACAAUCGCUUUGACC